CUAAGUUCUAACUCUCAGUUCCUCUCGCGUUUCCAUAUCUUAAGAAACCCUAGCCCUCGCGCCUUCUCAACACUGUCUCCCAUUCUGUCCAUCAGAGCAGAGAUGGCGUCGAGCGAGAGUGCAGUGUUGCAGUUCUUCCCAUCCUCAACGAGCUUGUCAGCGAAGGUUCACCCUCUGGUGAUCUUCAAUAUCUGCGAUUGCUAUGUUCGACGCCCUGACCAAGCCGAGCGAGUCAUCGGAACUCUCCUCGGGUCGAUCUCUCCCGAUGGCACCGUAGAUAUUCGCAAUUCUUACGCUGUUCCUCACAAUGAGUCCUCCGAUCAGGUUGCAUUGGAUAUCGAUUACCAUCAUAAUAUGUUAUUAUCCCACCAGAAGGUGAAUCCAAAGGAAGUCAUUGUCGGAUGGUAUUCAACUGGUUUAGGAGUCACUGGCGGUAGUGCAUUAAUCCAUGAAUUCUACUCUAGAGAGGUUCAAAACCCCAUUCAUUUGACUGUUGAUACAACAUUCAGGAAUGGGGAGGCUACCAUAAAGGCUUUUGUUUCUGUUAGUUUGUCCCUUGGAGAACGACAACUUGCUGCUCAAUUUCAAGAAAUUCCUCUGGAUCUACGUAUGGUUGAAGCAGAGCGAGUUGGAUUUGACAUUCUGAAGACGACAAUGGUUGAAAAACUCCCAAGUGAUUUGGAAGGAAUGGAAGCCUCAAUGGAACGGCUACUAGCUUUGAUUGAUGAUGUGUACAAAUACGUUGACAGUGUAGUGGAAGGACAGGGUGUGCCAGAUAAUGACAUUGGGAGAUUUAUAGCAGAUACAGUGGCUUCUAUUCCCAAAAUUUCACCUCCAGCUUUUGAUAGGCUGGUGAAUGACAGCCUUCAGGACCACUUACUCCUACUGUACUUGUCAAGCAUCACAAGGACACAGCUGAGCUUAGCGGAAAAGUUGAACACAGCUGCUCAAAUCCCGUAACCCAUAUCCACUUCUCCCUGUUUGAAGGAAUCCAUUUGUCAAAUCAAUUUUUUCUCUGCCGAGGUUGUCGCUGUUAGUGAAUUUAUUUAACAACUUUUGACUCUUUGAGGAUAUUAUGAUUUUGUUUCCAGAAAAGGUCGUAGUAUUUUUAAUUGUUUUGAGAAGUAGGCAGUCCAAGUAUAUUAUAAAUCUAGAUUGCAUUUGUGGUAGUUAGUUAGAUUCUUGAAAGGCCCGUUUUGGUGCAUGAUUGUACGGUUUAAGGUAUAAUCUUGCCUUCCUUCUAAUGGAUUGAGAUAAGCUCUAAGUUAGAUGA